CCAAACUCAACCCCUGCUUGUGUUUUCAUAGAUUAGACAAAGCCCUAGGAACGCGAAAACGACUGACUCGGUGAAGCUGUAAAAACUUCUUUAAAAAAAAAAAAAAAAAGCUUGCCGUUUUCCUACUUUCCUCCUCUUCAAACUGCUACACUCCCUCCCCCUCUCGCCGCCGCCUCCGGUGCUACAAAAAUUCACACAAUUUCCUCUUUCAAUCGAACUCAGAUAUUCUCAUGGAUUCUGAAUCUUGUACGGACAAAACAAACAAAACCCAAGAUGAGCAAGCUAACAAGGCCAAUGUUGAGCCAUCUCUAGGUCCAAUCACUCCUGAUUCCAGCAAAGAGAGUGGGGAUAUUCCACUCUUUUCAGUCACUUUAGUUAAAAAACUGCCCAAAGUUCUCUCCUUCACUUCUAAAACCAACAGAAAUGAGGACCUUUUUGACAAUUUUAGCAGCCCGCGAACACCCCAAGAUGGUGUUUUUGACCCAUUCGCUCCGAGUCAUGAAGACAACGCCUUGGCUCCUCAGUGUAAGAAAUACUACGAUGAAGCUAGGGCCAGUGUUGCAUGCCGGCUUAAUUUUACUUCUUCCCUUAGAGCCUUCAGAAAUGGGAGUUUUGGUGAUGAUGUGGAGUUCUUAUCGGAUGAAGAGAUGUUUGAAUCUGUGUAUGAAAGUCUUUUGGAAGCUAUUGUUUUGAAGCAAACUGAAGGUGCUCUUGAAGAAAUGUCAAAAUUGGAAUGCGGUUCUGAUGAUUGCACAACACCUCCUGCAGCUCCUAAACUAACCAGAGUUCCUGAUACUUGUCCCGGCGCUCCUCUGAAGCAAAAAGGUAAAUCGAGGAUUAUUGAUUUGGGAUUAUGCAGAAAGCUUGAAUUCUAAAAGUGAUUCAAUUGUGCUUAUCUGAUCUGCUGAUGGUAGGAUGCUGCGCCGCCAACUAAUUUUAUAAGAAUUCAUUUUGUAUUUUGUAUGAAAGCUGUUAACAUAUGUGCCUCUAAGUCAUAACUUGUGGUCUAUACAGAUAUUAUUUAACUAGGGAUGAUUUCCUCUGACCAAGAUCACAGUGUAGUAGUAGCAUUGUAUAGGAAUUCUUGACGCUCAUUUACUUUUGGAAAUUAGCAACUGUUCUUUACUUAGACAGCAGCAAGUGCACUUCUUUAUAUUAUUUCUCUACCCAUGGAGGUACAUUACAUGUAUCUCAUUAUGUGGCUUGUUGAGUUAAUAAAAAUGAAUGCCUUCA